CAACUACUCGGUGUUUCGCACCGAUCUGCUCUGACGCGGCUGACAAAAUGGCGCGCAGAUACGGCAACUCCGACGGCACGAAGGUCUACGUCGGUGACUUGGGCAUGUACGGCGACAAGUACGAAAUUGAGCGCAAGUUCGAGCGCUACGGCCCUCUCCGCGAGGUUUGGGUGGCCAAGAACCCUCCUGGCUUCGCCUUCGUUAUGUACGAAGACCCGCGAGACGCCGAGGAUGCCUGCCGUUCACUCGAUGGAACGAGAAUCUGCGGGCAAAUCGCACGUGUCGAAAUCAGUCAUGGCCGGUCGAAGCCCCGCCGCCACGGAGGGUACCCCCCACGGGACAUGGUGGUGAGCAGUCGCUACCGGCGGCGCAGCCGCAGUCGGUCGGGUGGCAGGAGGCGCUCUCGUUCGCGCUCGAGAAGCAGGAACGGCCGGUCGAGAUCGUCGAGUCGUGGACGUCGGCGCAGGAGUCGCAGCGGCAGCUACAGACGUAGUCCAUCUCGUAGCCCAAGGAGGAGUUCUUCAUGGAGUCCCAGGAGGAGUUCAUCUCGAAGCCCUAAGAAGAGCAGAUCUCGAAGCCCCAAGAAGAGUAGGUCUCGAAGCCCCAAGAAGAGUAGGUCUCGAAGCCCCAAGAAGAGUAGGUCUCGAAGUCCCAAGAAGAGCAGAUCUCGAAGUCCCAAGAAAAGCAGGUCUCGCAGUCCAAGGAGUACCUCGCGAAGUCCUAACAAGAGGAGUAGAUCUCGCAGUCCAAGGAGUGCCUCUCAAAGCCCAAGGAAGAGUAGGUCAAAGAGUCCUGCCAGAGACAAGUCACCCAGCGCUAGAGGAAGUAAGUCACCGACCCCAGUCAAGAACAGAUCUGCGAGUCCACAGAAAAGCAAGUCAUCAAGUCCUAGGUCACCACAAAAAUCAAGGAGCAACUCUCCAAUGGAAGCCGAAGCUUCUAAGAAAUCUCAAUCGAGAUCAAGGUCUCAUUCCGGAUCGAAAUCAAAGUCAAGGUCUCCGGUGGAGAACUAAAUCAGUACAGACUGUUAUGAACACGAUUGUGUGACUAUCUGGUCACUCGAAAUGCAUCUGCAGCUGUAAUGUGUACUGAACUGCAACUUAUUGUUAUGUAUUGUGUGUAGUGAACGUGCUACUGAUGAUCAUUGGAUCAUUGCUACAGUGUGCUAAUGGUAGGAAUAUGCAUUUUAAUUACAAUCGGGUACAUGUACGUUUGCAAUAGAUCAUGUCAGUCUGGACAAAA